UCCACACACACACACACACACACGCACUCUCAAUGGCGGGCUUCCCCUACCGCGCCGCCGACAUGGUCGCCCUCAUCACGCUGGCGACGGUGCUGGCAUUGGUGCGAGUGUGCGCCGCCGGCAACCCGCCGUUCUCGUGCGGCCCGGGGGCGGCGCAGCAGGGCCUCGCGUUCUGCAACACGGCGCUGCCGCCGGCGCAGCGGGCGGCGGACCUGGUGGCGCGGCUGUCGCUGGCGGAGAAGGUGUCGCAGCUGGGCGACGAGGCGCCGGGGGUGCCGCGGCUGGGCGUGCCGCCGUAUAAGUGGUGGUCGGAGGGGCUCCACGGGCUCGCCUUCUGGGGCCACGGCAUGCACUUCGACGGCGCCGUCCGCGCCAUCACCAGCUUCCCGCAGGUGCUGCUCACCGCCGCCGCCUUCGACGAGCAGCUGUGGUACCUCAUCGGCCAGGCGAUCGGGACGGAGGCUCGGGCGCUGUACAACCUGGGGCAGGCGGAGGGGCUGACCAUCUGGUCGCCCAACGUGAACAUCUUCCGCGACCCGCGGUGGGGCCGCGGCCAGGAGACCCCCGGCGAGGACCCCACGACGGCGAGCAAGUACGCCGUGGCGUUCGUGCGCGGCCUGCAGGGCUCCUCGCCGACGACGCUGCAGACCUCGGCGUGCUGCAAGCACGCCUCGGCCUACGACCUGGAGGCCUGGAACGGCGCCAUCCGCUACAACUUCAACGCGAGGGUGACGGCGCAGGACAUGGCGGACACCUUCAACCCGCCCUUCAAGAGCUGCGUGGAGGAAGGCCGGGCCAGCUGCGUCAUGUGCGCCUACACCACCAUCAAUGGCGUCCCCGCCUGCGCCAGCAACGACCUCCUCUCCACGACCUUCAAGGGGGAUUGGGGGUUGAACGGCUACGUCUCUUCCGACUGUGACGCGGUGGCGCUCAUGCACGACGCGCAGUUCUACCGGCCCUCGCCGGAGGAGACGGUCGCCGUUGCCCUCAAGGCCGGAUUGGAUUUGAACUGCGGGAACUACACGCAGGUGCACGGCAUGGCCGCCGUGCGGCAGGGAAGGAUGACGGAGCAGGACGUGGACAGGGCCCUGCAUAACCUCUUCGCCGUCCGGAUGCGGCUCGGGCACUUCGACGGUGACCCCCGGGGCAGCGCGCUGUACGGGGGCCUUGGGGCCAAGGACGUGUGCUCGCCCGCGCACAAGAACCUGGCGCUCCAGGCGGCCACGGACGGCAUCGUCCUGCUCAAGAACGACGCCGGCAUCCUCCCGCUUCGCCGGGGCGCGGUGGCGUCCGCCGCCGUCAUCGGCCACAACGCCAAUGACCCCGGCGCGCUCAACGGCAACUAUUUCGGCCCUCCCUGCGAGACCACGACGCCGCUGCAGGGGCUCCAGGGCUACGUGCAGAACGUCAGGUUCCUCGCCGGGUGCGACUCGGCGGCGUGCGGCUUCGCCGCGACGGGCCAGGCGGCGGGGCUCGCGGCCUCGUCGGACUACGUGCUCCUGUUCAUGGGCCUCAGCCAGGCGCAGGAGCAGGAAGGGCUCGACAGGACGAGUCUUCUGCUGCCAGGGAAGCAGCAGAGCCUCAUCGCCGCAGUCGCCAACGCGGCGAAACGGCCGGUGAUCCUGGUGCUCCUCACCGGCGGUCCGGUUGACGUGACAUUUGCCAAAUCUAACCCCAAGAUCGGUGCAAUUCUGUGGGCCGGCUACCCUGGCCAGGCCGGCGGGCUCGCCAUCGCCAGGGUCCUGUUCGGAGACCACAACCCCAGCGGCAGGCUGCCGGUGACGUGGUACCCGGAGGAGUUCACCAAGGUGCCCAUGACGGACAUGCGCAUGCGCGCCGACCCGGCCACCGGAUACCCUGGCCGGAGCUACCGCUUCUACCAGGGCAACGCCGUGUACAAGUUCGGCUACGGCCUCAGUUACUCCAAGUUCUCCCGCCAACUAGCUGUCUCCGGGACCGGCAACAAAGCACCACGCACGAAUCUGCUCGCCGGCCUGACCGCGACGCCAAGUGCCGACGGCGGCGCGAGCUACGCCGUCGAGGAGAUCGGCGCCGACGGGUGCGAGCAGCUCAAGUUCCCGGCGGUGGUCGAGGUGCAGAACCACGGUCCCCUGGACGGGAAGCACUCUGUGCUGAUGUUCCUCCGGUGGCCCAACGCGACGGGCGGGCGUCCGGUGAGCCAGCUGAUUGGGUUCCGAACCCAGCAUCUCAAGGCCGGCGAGAAGGCCAGCCUCACGUUCGACGUCAGGCCAUGCGAGCACUUUAGCAGGGCGAGGGAGGAUGGCAAGAAGGUGAUCGAUGCAGGCUCACAUUUCCUCAAGGUCGGAAAAGACGAGCACGAGAUCAGCUUCGAGGCCUGAACCCGGAGCUCUAUUCUGGUUCUGGCACGGGUAAAAGACCCAAGUGCAGUGACGUUAUUUUAUCACUAGUUACACACAAUUUAGUUAUUGGUUUAAGUUAUAAGUUCAGUUGCCUCAGAAUUAGCAUUGAGGCAUCCAUUAAGCAAAGGUUAAGGGAAACAACGAGACAUGUUUUAAUACUGCAGAUAUAUAUAUAUAUAUAUAUACUAAUUCAGACA